AUGUUGCUAACUUCAUUUAAAGUCGGGCUUGGCAUCAUGCUGACUGGCCUUUGCCUGGUCUCAGCAGUUCCAAUGGACGGUGCAAACCAACAUAUAAACUGGCUUGCCCAUGGACAGACCGAUAGUCCACCUCAGAUUUUGCCAGUUGGCGGCGGUGACACUCCAGAAUUCCUUCAAGGUACUCCUCCUUCCACACCUCCGGCUUCCUCCUGGAACAACCCGUCGGAUCUGCAGUGGGAAGUCCAACAUCAGCUUCCCCCAUCCAUCGGACAUGGGCUUGACGACGAGACGCAAGAGUUCCUGAACUCACUACUGGACGACCUCUCACGAAAAAAAGAGGAUGAGCAGCAUACGAACGUGAACGCACCCACAGUCUCUAGCAUCUUGACCACAGGAAUAGACCCUCCAAACGCGUUUCACUUUUGGUGGGAACCAAAAUCAUUUCGCUCUCUGCAAGCUCUACCACGAAAAAUGCAAGGCCACAAACCUGUAGACCUGGUCUUCAAUCUUGGCUCCGAUGUACGCAGAGAAAUCAACGCAAAAGUAUUUGGAGGGCGGCUGAAAUGGGCUCCAGAUGCAGAUUUGGCCCGCAUCAAUCGUCCGACCUACCUGGCCUCCUCGCCGUACAAACGAAGAAGCAGAAAACUUCCCUUCGUCUACUUUCUUGAUCAGCACGGCUCAAGGCUCCCUAUUUACAUAACCACCCAUCGCGGUGUUGCUUUACCGGGAUCCGCUUUGCACAUUCGUGACUUUUGGUUAUUUUGGAGCCUGUCAGAAUUGCCUUCUGGACCAAUUAGGAUUUUCAGCUUGGGAGCUGGAUAUGCCGAUACAGCUGAUCACAGCGACAUCGACCAACAUGUCCGAGCGCUUUUGCGAGCGGAAGAACAUCUAUCUUCGUCUCACAUAUAG